CGGAAGCAUUUUAAUGUUGCACCGCAACAUUCACGUGUAAACAACUUGUAUGAUUUUGUUCUACAUAGUUUAUUUAUGUAGACAUAUUGUCAUACGUGUCGCUUCAGUAGUCAAUACUAAGAAAUCGUAAUUCAGCAACUAGUUUAAUAUUCAAAUCCAUCCACCUUAUUUGGAGUGAAUAUGGCUUCACUAUCACAACAGAGCGAUGAUAGCGACGAUGGCAUGGACGACUUUAUGGAGAAAUUCAAGAAAGAGAAAUAUAGCAACGCCUUUUCCGAGAAGAACUGGGAAGAGGAGUUCAAUAAGGUGCCUAUGUUCAUGAAGACAGCCCCAGACGAGAUUGACCCCAUGAAACACCCGGAGCUGGCUGCUAUUCAGUCAAUCAUCCACGACGAUGACAGACCACUAGAGGAGCAAGCCGAGAGCCUGAAAGAUGAGGGGAACGACUACUUCAAAGAGAAGAACUACAAGAAAGCUAUAGUGUCCUACACAGCUGGACUGAAGAAGAACUGCAGUGACUCUAACGUCAAUGCCAUCCUGCUCACUAACCGAGCAGCAGCACAAUUCCACCUGGGUAACAUGCGCUCUGCACUGAAUGAUUCUGUCGCUGCAAAGAAGUUUAAACCAGACCACCUCAAAGCAUUAAUCAGAGGUGCCUCGUGUUGCAUGGAGCUGAAAAAAUAUACAGAUGCCCUGCAGUGGUGUGAGGAGGGGCUCAAGCUGCAGCCCACAGACAAGAAGUUACUGGAGCUGAGAGCUACAGCAGACAAACAUAAGAGAGCAGCAGAGAGAGAUGCAAGGAAAACAAAGGUCAAAGAAAAGAAGGAGCUCAAUGAGAGAGAGGCUCUGCUGGCUGCUAUAAAGGAGCGUGGCAUCAAGUUACUGAAGCCUAAGCAGCGUCCUAAGCGCAGCUCUGACAGUGAGGAUGAUGAUGGAGGCUCCUCUAGAGCCAUGGCAGGCCUGGACCUGGACGGUCUGUGUUCUGCGGAGGCCACAGGGGCAAAGGUGUUCCUGGAUGAACAGGGUGUCAUGCAUUGGCCAGUCCUAUUCCUGUACCCCGAACACCAACAAACAGACUUCAUCUCAGCCUUCAGCGAGUCCUCCAGCUUCCUAGAUCACCUGACUCUCAUGUUUGGAGAGGAACUCCCACCUUGGGACACUAACAGGAAGUACUCUCCACAAAACCUUCAGCUGUUCUUUGAAGACCACGAGAAAGAGUCCUUACAUCAAGUCAACCCAGAGACGCCUCUCCUUAAAAUCCUUCAGCAUAAAAGGUGUUUUGUAAAGGCAGGAACUCCCAGCUUUGUCAUUCUGGUAAAGGGGUCGCCGUUCUGCGGGAAGUUCUUAUCAGAAAGAAAAACACAUAGACUGUAAUGACACUCUUCAUUAAUCAGCCUAGACCUGUCAAUCUCACAGACUACUGGUAUGAACUCUAUCCCACCAACGAGAAAGGACUGCACUCCUCUCCACUCCCUGCCCAAAGUAAAUGUAAAAGUGUAGAUUUUGUUUGUUAUGAAUGGGAACCGUUACAUUGUUCCAGAUAUCUCCAGCAUGCUCUGUGAUUGGCAAGAUUGCAGUGUUCAUAAACUGUUCAUACUGUAUCUAUAGAUCAAAUUGUAUAUGCGUGUCAAUUUGGGAAGCUGUCAUAAAAUGUUAUAAUUAAGACACCAUGUCACUAUUACUAAAAGGCCUUACAACAAAA